CGCCGGGCGGAAGGGGCAAAACCGAGGCCUCUCAGCCCGCUCGCAGCCCGCAGCCGACGGGGAGAAGGCGUUUUCUUCCCCACCGCGAGAUCCUGUGCGCCGCUCGCCUCGCUCGUGCUCCCUUCCGCUCCCUCCCGCCAAAUCCCCCUUCUGCUCCUGCCAAAUCCCGCUUCCGCGCAGCCAAAUCGAUCUCCCGUGCUCCAAAUCGAUCUCUCACGCGCUGAUUUGAGGGAUUAAGCCCCGAAUCCUAUCCCGAGCAGCCACCUCCAAACCCUAGUAGCGACGCCGCAGCCUCUCCCUCCCAUCGAGAUGUCUAGAUCGUCCAAGAGACCCUGUGCACCAGCGCCAAUGGAGAUCCCUCCGCCUGGGGCUCAGCCCAUUUCUCCCCAAGGGCCUCAGCUCGUUCCACCGGCGGGCAUCCCUUCCCUACUUGGAGCAGGCGCUUGGUGUCCUCCAUGUCCACGGCCGGAGCAGUCCAUGGCGUCUUUCUCUGUUCCAUACUGGCUCCCCGGGCGACAGCACCCAGGCAUGGCGGCUCAAGGUCCUUGGUGGCCGCCUGCGAAUCGUGGUGCACCUGCAAUUCCUACCCCAAGUACUGAGAAUGCUCAGGAACCCGAUCUGCAAGCAUGGGGAUCAGAUUCUCCUCCCCCAGUCAUGUCUUCUUGUUCGGAUGACUCCGAUGAUCUAGACCCUUGCAAAGUGAUUGAAGAGUGUGCUGGUGAGCAGAGUGUCCUAGAUUCUUUUGCUAGGAGGCUCGCAACGAAGAUCAAAGCUACCUUCACAUCACAGCCAACUCAGCGACAGUUUGGUCCAAGGAAGAGCAUCCGAAGGGACCAUGGAGGUGCUCAUCAGCGACUUGUGGAGGACUACUUUGCUGAAGAACCACUAUACCCCAACAGUAUGUUUCGUACUCGAUUCCGUAUGAACAAAUGCCUCUUCCUGCGCAUUGUGAACUCCCUUGGUCAGUGGUCUCCUUACUUCACUUAUAGGGUAGAUUGUGCUAGUCGAAUAGGACUGUCACCACUGCAGAAGUGUACAGCAGCCAUGCGCAUGCUAGCAUACGGCACUCCUGCAGAUGCCCUUGAUGAGUACUUGAAGAUUGGGAAGUCCACUGCAUUAGUGUGCUUGGACAAGUUUGCACAAGGAGUGAUUGAUGUGUUCGGUGGGGAGUACUUGCGACGCCCCACACGUGAGGAUGUUGAGAGUAUCCUUCAAGGAAAUGAGUCUCGUGGUUUUCCCGGCAUGCUUGGAAGCAUAGAUUGCAUGCAUUGGCGCUGGGAAAAGUGUCCUUUAGCAUGGAGGGGGCAAUUCACCCGUGGUGAUUAUGGAGUACCAACAAUGAUCCUAGAAGCUGUUGCUUCGCAAGACCUUCAUAUUUGGCAUGCUUUUUUUGGAAUUGCUGGGUCAAACAAUGACCUUAAUGUGCUCAACAACUCCCCACUGUUUUUUGAUGCAUUGAAAGGAGAAGCCCCUCAAGUUCAGUUUUCAGUCAAUGGAAAUGAAUAUAGUACAGGUUACUACCUUGCUGAUGGCAUAUACCCAGAGUGGGCAGCCUUCAUGAAGACAAUACCUCUUCCCCAAACAGAGAAGCAUAAGCUGUUUGCCAAGUAUCAAGAAGGAGCUAGGAAAGAUGUAGAGCGUGCUUUUGGGGUGUUGCAGUCCCGGUUUACCAUUGUUCGCCGGCCUGCACGACUAUGGAAGCGCAAGAGUGUUGGGAGGAUCAUGCUAGCUUGUGUGAUUCUCCAUAAUAUGAUAGUAGAGGAUGAGAAAGAGGUGGCUAAAAUUCACAUUGACUUGAAUGAGCAACCAGGGGCAUCAUUUGCCCUACCUCCUGAAGUGAACGUUGGUGGUAAUUUAUGUUUUGCUGAUGUGAUGCGUAGAAAAGCUACUAUUCGUGCUCGGCCACAGUAUACCCAACUUAAAAAUGAUAUGAUUGAGCACAUUUGGCAUAGGUUUGGAAAUAGGAAUCAAAAUUAAUCAUCGGACAACUUGCUGUAUGGUGAUUGCUGUGGGUCCUGCUAUAGUGACUACAAGUCUGUUGAUGCAAUGCAAAUGGGUUGGCUGCUCUUUUGUAGUGAAGAUGACAAGUCUGUUGAUGUCAUGGUGUUGAUAUCUAGCAUCAUGCUUGCUAUCUACUAGUUAAUGUGAACUAUAUUCUCUAAAGUUGAUGUGUUUGGUAUUUUCUGGAUGAGCAUGUUUGGUUUCCAUAUUAUGGUGUUGCAUGAAUGGGUACAAAGAUCUUGAUCACAUCAGAUUGUACGUACAUGCAAGCAUUAAUUACUUGCUCUUUAA